AAUCAAUGGGUGGAAUCUCCACUGCACUUGAAGGGCCUAAAUCAAGAAUAGACACAUCUGAGACACAAGAAAUCAUUGAACUUAGAGCAAGAUUUCAGCUUGAUCUCAGCUUUAUCCAGAGGAUGAGGCAGUGAAACAUCUACUACGAGGUGAAAUACGGUACCCAAGUUCAGGAAUGGAUUGAGACUGUUCAUCAUGUAGUUCAAAAAUCAGAGGAGGUCUUUAUCUUCAAGUAUGACAUCUCUCAGCGGAAUCAACAAAUACAGGUAAAGCUCGGGAUUGAUUCGACUGGAGAAACCAAUAACAAGAAGACUAAAAAUGACCCUGCCUUCUAUGACACCGGAGUCUACUGAGUUGAAGCUGAUUUCUCAAUACUUGACUGCCUCUUGCUCAAAGGAGGGUACCAAAAAGCACAGAAUAUUGGGACAAAUAUGAAAGCUUUUCAAUUUUCCAAUAACAGGAAGAAACAAAUCAUUAAGGCAAGUAUCACUGAGAAUAAAGAUAAGGCCGAGGAACGGUUUAUCUUCAAGUGUGCUGGCUCUUUUGUAUGUGAUCAUCCUAUCUAUGUCGCAUGAUAUAAUUAUAUUAAAGAUAAGAGAAAUGAAUUAUUUACCACAAAGCUUUCCGUGAAAAGUAACGAAUCAAGAAAGAAAGGGGUUUUCUAUUUCGAACCGAUACAACUCCAUUCUUCCCAAUUCGAUGGCCCAUUUGAGGAACAAGAUGUCUUCUUUGAUUUUAUCUCUGUCUCAGAUGUAAGCACUAAAGAAGUGGUUGAGACCAUAAUAGGAUCUGUUUCCAUAAACCUUGAACCGUUAAUACAACUAGAUCCAAAUUCUCUACUCCAAAUGAAGAUUUGUGAUGAUAAUGAUGAAUAUGUGGGCAAAAUUAACUUUGGGUCUCCAAAGGUGAGGCCUGUGUAUUCAUUCUUGGAUUAUAAGAUCAACUUGAACAUUGAUUUUAUUCCUAUCCUAGCCCUUGACUUUUCUCUCAGCAAUGUGAUUGAUGCUCAAAAAGGUAACCAUGUGGUAAACGAUUAUAUACCUGUAAUAAAUCAUAUAAGACAGGUAUAUAAAGACAUCUCCAAUUAUUGACUAGGUUUUGGGUUUGGAGCUAAAACCUGUAACAAGCAGGUCAGAGCAUCUGACAUCUUCGCUCUCUCUGGAAACAUGUUUGAUCCAACAAUUGAGUAUAACAAGAUCUUGAAGUGCUACAAAGAAGUUGAAUCUCAGGUUGAGAAAUCUUUUCCCGUAAAGUUCACCCCAAUCCUUGAGCAUGCUACAAGCUAUGCUAAACACGAAUUUGGGCACCAUAAAAAUAGGAACUACUAUUGCUUGUUUUAUAUAACUCCUGGUGUGAUAGAUGAUGCUCAUGAGACAGCUGAGUUCAUCCAAGAGAUUUAUGACUUGCCUCUAACUGUGAACAUUAUAAAACUCCAAAACCCAUCUUACGUAGACACUAAUGAUGCUAAUAUUCUAUUGGAGGAAUUCAACUCAAAGAUGAAAGAGAAUAAGAGAAAUCCUCUGUUUGUUAUAGAUUAUCAGCGAUACAAAGAGGAUAAUAGUCUUGAAGAGUUUGAGAAGCAGUUGAUCCUGAACCUUCCUAAACAUGUCGACGAGUAUUACGACUCUCGAAAAUCCUUCUCUCACGAGUCAUCUAAGAUUUUGGAUAAUCACAGCCGAGUUCAAAGUUUGCCGACAAAAGCCUUUGCAGAUGAGUUCAACACACAUUUGAAUCUGACUGAUAGCGAGGAUGAUCUUGAAGAAUAUAAAGGAAGUCUGAGUAGGGCCUCACAUUCCAAAAGGCAGAGAUUUAAAUCAGAAUCAGUGGACAUAGAGCCUAUUAACCAGAAGAGGCUCUCUUAUUCUCAAAAAUAACGAAGACUACUUUAUAGCAUCCUUCCCAGUGGACUGAAAUAUUACCAAAGCCAAGCUAGAGGAUCUGGUCAGUCAAGGAGUCGUCAUGGAUGAGAGCCCUGAGUAUGUCGAGCAUGUUUAUAAGAAAGGUAGAAUGCCUGUUAAAAAAUCUUUAUAAUUCGUACACCUAUUAGCAUUUUCA